GAACUCCAUUUCUCGCUUGCCUUGGAUCCUCCCCCCCUCCUAGAAAACAGCCUAUCUUGAGAAGACAAAUCACUUCCACCGCCAGACACGAAACUGAAAUCAAAAUGGGCGCGCCGCAACUAUCCCCGGUCCCCAAGCCGAUAGCGAUCUUCCCUCAGUUCAUCGCUCAACAGACCGAGACGCUAGCGCUUAAAGAGAAGGUCCUCUCGCUAACCGGUGAUAGCUUCACCAUAAAGCUUGUGAAUGGCCAGCCCUUACUACGGGUGGAAGGGAAAGUCAUGUCGAUCUCCGGUCGCAAAUCAGUAUACGACAUGGCUGGCACUCACCUAUUCAACAUCGUGAAAGAGCACUUUCACCUGCAUACCACGUUUGCCGCUCAAGAACCAGCUGGAAAGAAAUUCCUAGAAGUCAAAAGUAGCUUUAAACUUUUCGGAUCCAAAGCGACCGCCACUUUCACAUCCCCGAGUACCGGUAAUACCGAGAGUCUGGCCAUGCGCGGCAACUGGCUGGAUAGUGCGGCUGAAAUUGUCGAUGAAGCUACGGGCUCUGUGGUUGCGCGUAUUGAUCGCAAGCUAUUCCGCGGCCGUGAUAUAAUCUUUGAUCAGCAGUCGUAUGCUGUUUCAGUUGCUCCUGGUAUUGAUAUGGCUCUCAUUGCUGCAAUGUGCAUCUGCUUUGAUGAGAAGAAUAACGAGAACUGAGCAGUGUUUUUUUUUUUUCUUGUUGAGAGAGACUACCCACUGUGCCACUGUCGUUUAUUGAUAAAUUGAUACGGACAAUUGAACUUUUUUCUUAUGGCAUUAGCGAUAUGCGACCCUCUCCCAGAAUGGUGCAAAUCUCGACUAGAUAGAGUGGUGAUGAUUGUGGAUUUUAUCCGUCGUUGCAGCGGUGUGCUUUACUGUACCCAGAGAACCGCCGAUGUGCAUUUAUGUCCGUCUGGUCUAUCUUUUUCCCAUUUUCCCAACUUGAAGACCACACCCCAUGCUUUAACUGGAAUCUUCCUUCGCCCUUUAAGUACUUAUUUUGCACCAGGACAUUUUCCCAUGCGGGCAAGUCAGCAGCUGCCGAAUGACUAUUCUAAGGCAAAUAGGGCCGGGAUCAGUUACUGCCGACUGACUGUGAGCCAGGUUCCGCGGAUUUGGCGAGGCCACAGCGGAUCCUUUACACCUUUCAACUAUAAAAUAGGAUUCAACUAGCCUGAGUAGUAGGAUAUAAAGCUAUUUACUAUAGCAAUUCUUAUAGUAUGUCCAACUAUCCCCACAGCCACUGCAGCGUUAGGGAGCUCGUCGUCAAGGCAUAGGUGUAUGUUGCUCAGACUGCUCAUUAAGC